UUUGACUUUCUCUCAGUGCCUCUCUCUCAGACAGACUCACACAGGCUCACUCACAGUGCUGGAGUGAAAAAGCGUCUCGGCUCUGCUCUCCAGCUUUGGCCACCAGAGAUGAUGCUUCGGUGUUACUCUUUAUGAUUUUCGUGCAGGACUGAGCAGAGUGGCAGCUCUGCAGCUGAUGGACUGCUGCUCUUUCUAUCUUUAUCCCUCUUUUAAUUUGGACACUGGGGAGAAAUAAAUAGCUCAACACACACUGUUGGGAGGCAAAUGAAUGGAGCAGACUCGCAGGGGAUUUCCCCAGGCUGCAUUUGCACCAAUGGACCUGGACUCAAGUUCUGAACGGGCCAAAUUGAAUUUGGCCAAAUAAUUUUCAUUAUUGUUUUUGCAAACAUAUAUUUUUUGCAACAGGAUCGUCUCUUAAAAGAUUGCAGCUUUUUGUGGAUUUUCACUGGAGGAAAAAAACCCACAGCAUAUGUUUGGCUCAAGGAUGUGCUCUAUAGUCAUGCUUCAUCAGUGGAGUCUGGCAGUGUUCUUGCUGUGUUCCCCAGCGACAUUUGAUGGGAGACCAGUUGAUGCACUUAGUAGCAGAACGAGGAGGUCAGUGAGCCACGCCCAGCUGAUGCAUGAUAAAGGUCGCUCACUGCAGGAGUUCAAGCGCCGCAUGUGGCUACAGGAGCUGCUGGAGGAGGUGCACACGGCCGAUGAGUAUGCACCACCUGUCCAGAGCAGAACGCCGAGCCAGACCUUCAGUGGAAACGCUCUACACCAGAAGCCCCCAGGGGCCACCAAGGACCUCCCAGACAGGUUCAGGCUGGACAGGGAGGGCCCUAACCUCCCCCAGGAGACCAACAAGGCUCUGGCUUAUAAGGACCAGCCACUUAAAGUAGCCACCAAGAGGAAAAAAAAGGUGAGGUUAGGCCGGCGCAGAGAGAACGACAAGAAGAGGAGGAGAGCGCGGUCUGUCUCAACAAAGGGGCCAUAAAGGAGGCAGCAGCCUGCAUGAGAGACCCCCAGUACCUUCACGUGGCGCUGCACUAAGACACUGACAGACUGAGCCCUGACAGACUCGAACCGCUCCUGACUCGGUCACUUCAGAUUAAGGCCCCGGGGUUGUGCUUGUAUGAUAAAAUGUUGCAGCGUUUGUAUUUUUGCCUUAAAACAAUCCCACUUCCUGGAGUGUCACCACAACAUCUUCUUAGAUCCAUAUUUAUUUGGAAAAUCUUUACGCCUCUGUAACCCUGAUUGUCUUCAAAACAAUGGCAUAUAUUGUAACUUCUAACCAGCACAAGUUGAGCAUAGGAGGAAGUAUUUAUUUCUUAAAUAUUAUAACUUCACAAAAACUGGGAUGUUGAGUGGUCUGCUUUUGUUUGGCUCUAUAUGUGUUGACUAUCAUGGACUUACAGUCAUGACAAACUGUUCAAUGAAUACAUCUGUUCAAAUGGUUCUGCCAUAAUUUAUUUCACUUUGAAAAUGUAUAUUUAUUUUGUGAAUGUAUCACGGUGCUGCUGACUAAAUUCCAUAAUGCACUUUAGUUAUAUCCUGUAAAUGUUCUUUUGUGGUUGAGUUUUACUUUGGUGAUGCUUUUUUUUGAUGGUCCUGGUUUCCGUUCCCUCCUUAGAUCCCUCAUGGACUUAUAACUUAUUGGAUGCUUUGUCAAACCCACUCCCAUCAUUUUGCAUUUAUAGUUUAUUUUUUAUAGAAAAAGCCCAAGUCAGGGGCUAUCAGACUCCUAUAAUGUUCUGCACUUGCACUGAGGGCAUACUGUACAGGUUUCCAGUUAAUCAAACAUUAAAAAUGUAGCCAUUAGA